AUGUCUACAUGGUUCUCUCCAAGUCGUCCUUCGACCACCCACAAUGCCACGGCCACGAAUAAUGUAUCAUCAUAUGGACUGAAUUACAAUUCACAACCAAGUCAAAUGUCUUCUCUAUCGGCACAAGUAAACAAACAACAAACCAGUCACGCUGAACUAAACAACAAAAAGCAUAAUAGCAGUGUGUACAGUCUUACGGAUAAUCUCAAUCGCACGCCCUCAACUUAUUCCAAAGUACUCAAAUCUACCAACGCAACAGAAUCCAUGUUUCCGAAUUUCUUAACUGCUUACAUGGCGCGGCCUCGAUUUGUGGAUAUGCUUAACAAAAACAAGAACGCGAGCAUAUUUUCUGAUAAUACCCGCACCGCGUGUGACCAAGAGGAACAUAAUUUUAAGCGCGAAUUAGUAACCUCUGUUGAAAAGCCCUUCACAACACUCUCGAAGAAACUAGACCGCAUUGAGAGCUUAUUGGAGCAGAUAAACGUGAAGGCUAACGAAUGUCAAAACUACAAAAGUAGUAGUAAUGCCGAUAUAGAUGCUAAAGGACAGCUCUGUAAAGUAGCAUCUAAACCCAACGUUACGCCUCAUUCAACCAUAGAAAAUUAUUCAUACGAAGAAGCUUUCAGUCGCGCAACUGAUAUAGCAAAGGAGCAACUGAAAGACAUUCUGCAGGAUAGUAUUAUGGCUGACAUGGUUGUGAAAUUGCAAGAGUGCUUUGAAAAAAUAGUAAAUGAACAGUACCAAAAGCUGUAUAGAGAAAUCGUAUCCACAAAAAACGUGUCUUUACAAGAAAUUAUUACAGAAUUGACGAAGAACCGUCACCUGUUGAUAACGUCUGCUAAACAGCUGUUGGAAAAGUUACAAUCAACGAAUUUUCAGGCUGCUAGCAAUGUCACUGCGACAGACCUAUACUCGAAUAACAUGGAAGUUACUGAAACCAAUACUAAUAUUACGAGGUAA